AUGGCUCCCGCUGUGGCUACUCCACACCACCAUCGGAGUACGACGAAGAGUACGCACAAGUCGUUUAAGUCAAAACAUAUGUCCAAAGGCGCUCUUAAAGAUUUAUCCAAAGGCAAACUAGAAGGCCGGGGUGGCCGCAAAACCCCCCACCAGCAACUUAUGUCGAAACUUGAUCGCCGAAACCAAGCACGCCAGAAGCAAAGAUUGAAACACCAAAACAAGUCUGAGUCCUUGAGCAUAUUCUCCGGCCAAAAUGGUGCUGCGAGACAUGUUGCCGUUAUACCUCUUUCGGAUGCCGCCGAUCCCCAUGCCGCUAUCAAGAAACUGAACGAAAGCCUCGAUAUACCUGAUACAGAUGUCCAGGGCAGUACGUGCCGUGUGCGCAUAGAGAGAUUUAAACAGAAUAUCCUAUAUAUCCCCACGAGACGAGACUUGAUUGCAGCUCUGGACAGUUGUCGCCUAUCGGAUUUCGUCAUUUUCAUACUUCCCGCAGAUGAUACACUGGACGAGGGGGCUGAGUUGCUGUUGCGAGCUAUUGAAGGGCAAGGUAUAUCGAAUGUUCUUGCAGUUGUACAGGGUCUUGACAAAAUCACCCCACCCAAGAGAUGUCCACAAAUCACAGCUUCACUCAAGUCUUACAUCACACACUUCUUCCCUAUAUUAGAGAAGGUGCAUUCUCUAGACUCAAGACAAGAAUGUUCCAACAUAGUAAGGGGUAUAUGCACAGCAACUCCGAAAGGCAUUCGCUGGCGGGAUGACAGAAGCUGGAUGCUUAUUGAAACCAUCCAAUGGCCCGAAUUGUCAUCUAAAGCAUCCGGCGAAGUUGUGGUUACUGGUGUAGUACGGGGCAAAGGCUUAAAAGCGGACCGCUUAGUUCACAUACCUUCUUGGGGCGACUAUAUGAUCUCAUCUAUCACUGCUGCGCCAUUGCUCUCAUCGAAACAACAGAAGAUGGGUGAUGAUCGAAUGAAUAUCGACUACACAGCUCUGCCCCAGGUUUUGGACCAACCAAGUGCUGAUUGUGAUGAUUUAGCUACCGUGGCUCCUGAUGAAGUCGUUAUGGUGGAUGAUGCAGUCUCUAUGGGUGAUGCUGAAAAGAAAGGUGUGCUUCUCGAUGAUUAUCACUAUUUCUCGGACGACGAUGAGAAGGGAACCACACGACCAAGGCGAUUACCGAAGGGCACGUCAGAUUACCAGGCAGCAUGGUAUCUUGACGAUUUCUCCGACUCUGGCUCUGACCUAGUUGAUGAAAUGGAUGAUGUCGACGAUGAUAUGGACUUGGACGGCCCAGCCGGUCCAGAGGACGGUGUUUUCAAUGUAGACAAUAGAGACGCUAUGACUGAGGCUGGCGGCCCUUCAGAAUACCCACAAUCAGAAAUGCUCCUGGAUCCAUCCCCUGAAGAUGAAGCUGAACAAAUAGAAGAAUAUCGCGCGAGCCGCAAGAAUGAAGAAAAGGAUGACUUGGAAUUCCCCGACGAAAUAGAACUUCACCCAAACACCAUCGCAAGAGAAAGACUGGCUAGGUACCGCGGCCUCAAAAAUCUGAAAACCAGCCAUUGGGAAAUGGAAGAGGACAGGGCCCAUGAGCCUGAGGACUGGCGGCGUCUACUGCAAGUCCCAGACUACAAAAGCUCCAAAAACCAAUGUGUUAGGGAAGCGCUCGCAGGUGGCGUCAGGCCUGGAACCCGCGUCAAUGUCCAUCUCCGUGAUGUAGACCUCAGCCUAAAAUCUCGCCCCACACAACCAAUCUCCCUUUUCUCCCUCCUCCGCCACGAACACAAAAACACCGUCGUCAACAUCAACAUAACUCUAAACUCCAGCGUCGAAAAGCCCCUGAAAUCCAAAGAAGAAUUAAUCAUCCAAUGCGGUCCGCGCCGCCUGGUCAUCAAACCCCUCUUCUCCUCCGCCGGAAACACUCCCAACAACGUCCACAAAUUCGACAGAUACCUACAUCCUGGCCGCAGCGCUGUAGCCACCUUCAUCGGCCCCGUAUCAUGGGGAUCUUUGCCAGUCUUGGUGUUCAGAAACUCGCCACCCACCACAGACGCUGAGGCAAUGCAUUCAGCCACCGGCAAUGGCAGCUCCCAUGCCAGUGAGUUGGAUACCUGGGAACUAAUCGGCACAGGGACGACGAUGGCACCGGACCAUUCGCGUGUUAUUGCCAAGCGGGUCAUCCUGACUGGCCACCCCUACAAGAUUCACAAGAGGGUCGUCACGGUGCGCUACAUGUUCUUCAACGCGGAGGACGUUAAUUGGUUCAAAGCCCUGCAACUGUGGACGAAGAGGGGUCGGAGCGGGUAUAUCAAGGAGAGUCUGGGCACGCAUGGGUAUUUCAAAGCAACGUUUGAUGCUAAAAUUAAUCCGCAGGAUGCUAUUGGGAUUAGUUUGUAUAAGCGUGUUUUCCCCCGCAAGGCAAUUGCCUGGGGGGAAGAAACCGCGAAUUAA